ACCUCGGUGCUCGUGUGCACGCCAGGGCGAAUCUCCUGAAGAUGGAAUGGAAAGAGAGAAGGAGAAAGGUGGGAAGGAGAGGAAGGGAGAGAGAGAAAAGAGAGAGAGAGAGAGAGAGAAGAGAAACGGUGCCGGGGACAACAAUCAUAACAAUCUAGUUAAACGUUAUAAGGAUAUCUCGCGCUAAGAGGCGUGCCAAGCGUUGCAUAAAAUCAAAUUGUACGCCGAGCCGAGAAGUUAUUGUCGUUCCUCAUCCUCCCCCACUAUCCCACUUCGCCGUCCCCGUCCAAACCCCUGUCGCCGAAAAUUUACCCGAGGAUCUUCCACCUCCACCCUCGUGCAGUUUCCCCGCACCUCCUCUGACUGCACCCUUCUUUCGGGGGUUUUACCGGCGCGGGCGGGAACUCUCCUUCCUCCCCCGUGAAUCUCUCCACCCUCGACAAACGCAAUUUUUUGCGCUCCAUAUUUGUCAAGGAUCUUGAAUAAAUCCCGAGAAAAUGUGUGUUCUCUUGCACGGUACGGCCGCGUUAUUUGAUUCAUCGUGUCGUUCGUGAUUAAAGCGUAAGUAGCGACGGGGAAGGAAAUGCGACUGUGCGGUGCAUUAGCGUGAAAAGGACCGAGAGAGAUCACGAGUGGAUAAGCUCGGUGUUGUAACGCAAGGACGCUUGUUGACAGUAUCCUCUAUGUUGAAAAUCACAACGAGAUAUAAAAUGUAAAAAUUAUGAGCUGGUGCUAGAGUCAGUCGUUCUCGAAUUAUUGGCACGGGCAGAAAAAAUCUGUGGCGCGAAUUAAAAUAUAUACUUUGAUCAAUUAAUUCAAUGUGCGUCUGCGAUCGCAACAGAGCCGCAAACUUCUCGACGUCGCGCACGUAGCGAAAUUACGAACGACAAUCGAGCUCGCGGAUGAAAUUAGUCGCGCACGGUAGAAUUCGUAAUGGGGCCUUCGUUGCCGUCAACAAUAUCGGAUAAUUACGUCUCUGUCGGACGAUCCUCGAAAUAGAGUAAUGGAGAAGCGGCGAAAUCGGCUUGAGGGGUUAAAUUGAAAUUGAAAUCACUCGAAAUUACUUGCAGCCCCGUCGAUGGCGAACGAGGGCCAUCGUCGUCGACGAUAUCUCGUCCCGAGAAAUCGAAUAUUGCACUCGAUGCGUCGAUAACCCCGCGCCUCGGAUAUCCACCCAAACAUCCGUGUAAGAUGACCAGUCGCUCCGAAAAAUUCCGCAUUCGUGAACGUUGUCCGAGUCGUAGCGAACGUCAGUCGUUCUGAUCAGAGAGAGCGCUCUGCGCCAACAUGUGUUUUGUAAAAUUCCUCGUCAAGAUCAAGUUCUGCCGCGAUUCUCACGAGAGAAACGCCGGACGUCUCCUUUAAAGUCUCAACGAUUAGAAUUUUCGAGGGGCCGUAAAUACAGAAUUGUCGCAAUAAACGCUCAUUUCUCUUCCGCGAACGGGGCAUUUGACCGAGAUGUUUCUCGCGCGGCUGAAAUUACCGGGAUUCCCAGCGGCGGUAACGGCGACGAUAACGCGCAGAAAAAAGCGCAGGAUUCGCCCUAAAAAAUGUUAAGCCGACGGGAAAAGGGCGUUAACGACGUCUUCGUUAAGGGAUGCCCGCGGGGCAGAGUUAAAACGACGAGGAAUCAAAAGAUCGAUUAGAAUCGGUCGUCGCCGCGGGAUCUCCCGUGCGAUCCGAAGGGAGGUCUCGUCGUCGCGACGGGGAACGGUCCGGGUAGGAGGGUUGCAUUAUAAGAAGCGCGAAGGGAAAGGAAGAAAAGGUGGAGCGCAAGAAAGCCACCCUCUUUUUGUUGCUCGAUUUCUCGCAGUUCUCCGCAGGGGAACGAUGUCCAUCCUCUCUUCUUUCUGCGGAAAUUCAAUAUUUUGGCUAUCGAGUUCCCUGCAGAAACGGCAACUCUUCGUUUUUUUUUCUUUCCCUCAUUUUGCCUCUCCCUUUGCUCUCAUGCCGAAAUAAGAGGCGGUUGAUUUUUAAAUUACUCUGGUAUCGAUCGACCCCCAGAUCGAGAAACUAACGCACAACUCUACUCGCGUCGUAGUCGAAUAAAAACGGCUGUUGUGGUAUGCUUCUUCGAAGUUAAGAUUGUUUACACUUUUAAGAUUGAGAUGGAAAAACAUGAGAAAAACUCGUGUCGCUCUUGAAGCUUCCCGAGCUUUCCCGUUGCCUCUGUUGUCAGAAAAAAAGAUGUUUAUCUUUUUUCGUCUGGUUGCCGAUCUAACUUUCUGUUUUGCUUUCAUGUUACGAGACUUUGCCUCUCUUUUCUUCCUCUCCAAAAUGAUAGCCAAUCUUUUCGCGUCCGGAUUCCCACGUAAAUUUCGCGAUUCAUCGGCACGGGGAGGAUUGUUCCGUGAUACACAAUCUCGCAGAGUCUCGUUGUGCUUAAUAAGGACAUGAGAAAAGAGAAAGAGGGAGAGAGGAGACUCGUCAAGUCCCACGGGUGCAAACACGAGGAACGAGCUCACCUGCUGCGACGAACAGCGAGCUGGGCGUGGCGGGAAAACAUGCCGUCACAAUGUUGGUCCAACUACACGACAAUUAUCGCCGACGAGCUUUAUAAUUAAGAGGCCAUGGCCCGCAGCCUGGCGUUUACUUGGCGUUCGUCUACGGGCUGCGUCCUGCGGCGACGAUCCGGUCGGCGAACUACGAAAGAUGAAGGAAGGAAGGACUGCCAGCGCUUUCCGCACGUGGAGGUCCUCUAUACGACGAGUUUGGCUACUGUAACCGAUAGGAGCUAGCGAGCGACGUUUACGUGGACGAGGAGUUCGAGUCGCCGAGGGGGCGAGCCACCCAGAAGCGUAAUAUUACGCCGGGAACCCAUAAAGCCUCCGCUGCUUACGACGAGACGGACGAUGGAUGGAUCUCGUGCAUGGAUCGAGUCAUAGGCAUCCCGGGGCGCAAAAAAGUUCGCCGGAGAGUAUUGGAUGACCCGUCGACCGGUCAUGCGCCAGACCGAUCGAGAUACUUUAUACGAAGCUGCGCGAUAUUUUCCAAGCAGGCGACAGACGACGGACGAUGGGAAAUGGACCACCGUGAAGCGACCUCGGAACGUCCGUCCAUCGUGGAGGUCCGUCAUCGUCGAGUGAACGAAAGUGUUCAAAGGCCCGAAGAUUCUGCCUUCGCAGCAGCUGGGCGCUGCGGUCGCUCCAUGGCCGGGCGCCACCGGCCUCAUAGCCUCAGUCACUGCUGACGACAUGGCACACAAAGGGCACAGCGGGGUGAACCAGCUGGGGGGUGUCUUCGUCGGCGGCCGGCCACUUCCGGACUCGACGCGACAGAAGAUCGUCGAACUCGCGCACUCGGGCGCGCGACCCUGCGACAUCUCCAGGAUACUGCAGGUCAGCAACGGCUGCGUCUCGAAGAUCCUCGGCAGCAGGUACUAUGAGACCGGAUCCAUAAGGCCCAGGGCGAUCGGCGGUAGUAAACCGCGCGUGGCCACCGCGGAGGUCGUCAACAAGAUCUCGCUCUACAAGAGCGAGUGUCCGUCGAUCUUCGCGUGGGAGAUCCGAGAUCGUCUGCUGCAGGAGGGCGUGUGCACGAACGACAACAUCCCGAGUGUGUCCUCGAUCAACAGGGUACUGAGGAAUCUAGCCGCGCAGAAGGAACAGAGGCAACAGCAGCAACAGCAGCAACAAGGAGUGGGCGCUGUGGGGGUUGGCGUCGGUGCCGGCAGUCCGGCGGAGAGCGUUUACGAUAAACUCAGGCUACUAAACGGGCAGACCACUGGCUGGCCGCGUCCCAAUCCCUGGUAUCCGUCGAGCGCGGGAAGCCCGUUUUCGUCGAUACAGUCCAGUUUGAGUCCGAGCCAUUGUUCGUCCCUGCCGCCGGAUCCGGCGGACAUACUCCACGCGAAGAAAGUAACCGAGCUGGAGGGUGGCGCGCACUCGGACGAGACGAACAGCGGGGGUGACAACAGCAACGCUGGUAGCGUGUCGGGUGGCGCCGACGACGAUCAGGCGCGCCUACGUCUCAAGAGGAAGUUGCAGAGGAACCGCACGAGCUUCAGCAACGAGCAGAUCGACGCGCUCGAGAAGGAGUUCGAGAGGACGCACUAUCCGGACGUGUUCGCCAGGGAGAGACUCGCCGGCAAGAUCGGCCUACCCGAGGCGCGAAUACAGGUCUGGUUUUCGAAUCGGCGGGCGAAGUGGCGACGUGAGGAGAAAUUGCGCACACAACGGAGGGACAAUCCGCAGCAGCAGCAACAGCAGCAGCAGCAACAACAACAGCAACAACAACAGCAACACACUGCCGGCGUGAAUCUGGUGGCUGCUGGUCACCCGACGCCGCCGCCACCCUCGGGAAUACUCGGUGGCCAGCCGCCACCGCAGGCACCACCCUCGCCGCCCAGAAUACAUCACGGAUUCGCACCCACUGCCGUCUACCCGGGAAUACCCAGCAUGCCUGACUCGUACAGUCCAAUGACGUCGAUGCCGAGCUUCACGAUGUCGGGUGCCAGUCAGCAGAAUCAACAUACAACCAGCAGCAUGUCCUCGCUGUCGGCUGGAGGCGGCAUGAGUCCGAUGGGCAUGACCGUCGGCAUGACCGUCGGCCCGAGUCCGGGUGCGUGUCUUCAGCAACGGGACAACGGCUACUCGUGCGGGGUCGCGAGACCGCCAAGCUACGAACCUUUGCAUCUUGGCUACGGCGCCAGGCCGACUUGCAGUCCGACGCAGCCUUACCACGCGGCGGGUCUCAAUCAGUACAAUCAGAACGCCAGCUCGACCGGUCUGAUAUCACCCGGUGUGAGCGUACCGAUCGCAGUACCAGGUCAACCAGCACCUGACAUGGCUGCGCAAUAUUGGUCGCCGAGGCUGCAGUGACCGUGGUGGUCGUCGACGUCGACCUCGUCUCCAUAGAUUUGAGCUUCUUCUUCGUCUCCUUCCCAAUCUCGGUGAUUCGCGAGCGAGCAAGCGACUGAGCGAAAUCGCGGGACCUCAAGUAUUCCGUGCGUUGCAAUUGUUCGCCGUAGCGUAUAAAUCGAGAUGGGUUAUCGUGUCAUUCCCGUUACUGCGUUUACCGUUUCGGUUACGAAAGCUUUGCACGGAAACAAGUUCGAUUUGUCCGUCUGUACGCGUCUUCUGUACGUUUCUUACGAGGCGUAACGUGUCGAACGAGAACGUCAAGUUGCGAUAUAGACGGAAAUUGAUUGAUUUCCGUGUAUAGUUGCACAUUUUACAACCGUUGAAUUUAAUCAUGUCCUGAUGCUGAAAGUUAGCAGUCAUGCUUGCAAUUAAUAUCCCGAUCGCGUCUUAUCGUUAUUAUUGGACGAAUUCCGUCAUUCGACGUUUUUUGCUUUCGCCUACAGUGUCGGCAUCGCGAUGCACGACCAGAUGCUUCCUUCUUCAUUUCGACGCUGUACCGAAAUUUUGAUAAUAUGCAGAAAUAACCACUGUGACACAUGUUAAUACUUGUUAGUACGAAUGCCAUUCGUGUUCUUUGUGUGACAUGUUGAUAUAGCGACGAUCGGCAUGAUAUUACAUACGAUAUAUCACUCGCGUGUCUGCGCUCUCGCAAUCUCCAAAGUUAUUUUCAUUCGUACAAUUAUUUUUCCGGCCACAAUAUCAUUCAAAUAUAUUCGAGCGAGGUUGAGACGCAUUUAGAGAAGAAAGAAAGAGAAAGCGGGAAAGAAAUAGGGAGAGAAAGAAAGAGAAAAAGAGGGAUAGAAAAAGAGAGAAAAAAUAUAUGAAUCGUCGGCAAUGUGCAACUUAUGUAAAAAAUAAAUUAGCGUGAAAAAUCAGUGGAAAAGAAUUGCGCUCCUGAGAAUUCUCGCGAAAUUUUUUUUCGCAACGGUUCAUAGAUAUAACUUCCAUAGAAAAAUCGAGAAAGAGAGAAAGAGAAAAAAAUGUGUAUGUGUAUGCACGUAUGUAUGAAUGUGUGUGUGAGAGAGAAACAGAAGAAAAAAUAAAAUAGUUUCUAAGUCGGUAUUACAUUAUUAUUUAUACUCGUGUAACGAACAGAGUCAGGAGAUAAUAAACGUGAGUUUGUUGUGUGUACAUCGUAAGAAUAUCCACGAUCAUUUAUAUAUAUAUAAAUAUAUAUAAAUAUAUAUAUAUAGUUAAUUCUAAUUCUCUAAGAAUAUCUUAAAAAAAUCAAUUCGUUCUAAUUUAUAUCCGGUGUAAGGUUGAGAAAGAGAAAAAGUGAGAGAGAAAGCGAGAGAGAAAGAGAGAGAGAGAGAGAGCGAAAAAUAAAAGAAGAAUGACCGAAAACACCGAUUGUGAUUUCCCUUAGGCCAAGUAUGUUAAGCGUACGAUUAUGCAUUCUAAAUAAAUAGUGUGUGCAUUUAAACGAGAGUUCUCUUAAUAUCUAUUUUAUAGUGAAAGCUUUGCUUACGCGACUCUAACAAUGAUUGCUUUCGUUGUGCCAAAUAUACGGGAAUGAACCAGCGCGAUAUUUCGUUCACCACAAAAAAUAAACCGAAUUCAUUAGACUAUAACUUUGAAUAAUAAAACAUUAAUGAAAUGGUUCAAGAAAUUUGUUUGAAGUUGCUGAAAACGAUUGUUA